CUUACGUUGUCAUUGAUACACAACUGAAACGAAUUGCAAAACAAAAGACAGUUGACGUAUAUGGUAACGUUCAAAAACUACGCAAUCAACGUUUGUUGAUGGUUCAAGUUGAAGAACAUAUAUCUUCAUUCAUAAUGUGUUACUUGAAGCAAUCAACAGUGAAGAGACAGAAAUACCUGUAGAAGAUUUUCCUGAAACUCUUAAAGAGAUCAUGAAAGUGAAUCCUGAAACUGGUGUUGUUCGAGUCGAGGAAGAAUUUCAACGUCUUGGUAGAAGUGUCAGCCCUCCUGCUCAAUUUAAAACAGCCAAUUUGAACUGCAAUAAGCAGAAAAAUCGAUACGAAAAUGUUUUACCUUUUGAUGAUUCUCGCGUAAAAUUGACGCAAAUCCCAGGGAUCGAAGGCUCUGAUUACAUCAAUGCUAACUUUAUUGAUGGUUAUAUGAAAAAGAAGGCCUUUAUUGCAACGCAAGCACCAAUACCUGAGACAAUGCCCGACUUCUGGAGAAUGAUUUGGCAAGAAAACUCUCUUACAAUUGUUAUGCUUUCCAAUGAAAUGGAAAGUGGAAGAAUAAAAGUUCAUAGAUACUGGCCAAAUAAAGCUCCUACAAUAAUUGGUGACCUUAUGGUUGAACUCAUGAACGAGCAAACUUUUGAUGAAUAUAUUUUACGAGAAUUCAAAUUAACAAAUACCAAGAAAGAAGGUUUUCAUGUCAUUCGUCAAUUCCAUUAUAAUUCAUGGCCGGAUGUUGGCUCUCCUUCUUGUGCGGGAAUGAUUGAUUUCAUUGGUCAAGUACAAAAAUGGCAAAUGCAGACGGGAAAUAAGAUUGUCACUGUUCAUUGCAGCGCGGGUGUUGGACGUACUGGAGUAUUUUGUGCUUUAUCAAAUCUUAUUGAACGUUUGAAAACUGAACACGUUAUUGAUGUGUUUCAAACCGUAAAAAUGUUACGUCAGAAAAGAACUGCUAUGGUGCAGACUAAGGAUCAGUACGAGUUUUGCUAUCGCUUCCUUAAUGAAUAUUUGGAUUCCUUUGAUCUCUAUGCUAACUUCACUUAAUGUUUUAGUCACAAUGAUAUUUAAACGCAGGGCACAUUAUUACACUGUUAUUAUAACAUUUAUAUGCUGUGUGUUAUAAAUUUUGUCUUUUUGGUUUUAUAUACAGAUAAAAUCAUUCUUUUAUCUAAUUCUUUUUUCUUUCAUAAAUGAAAUUGAUCAACUUAGUAAUAAUAAAUAGUUGUUUUUAUUAA